AUGUCCUCCGGCGUCCCACCACCAAACAUUCCAUCGGCUCGCGGAGCAACUCCAUCGACUGCGGCGGCUCUUGCCGUCGCUGCGGCUCCACACCUCCGUUCUCAAUCACCACGUCCGGCACUCGAUCGUCGUGUCACACCGGUUGAGGGAGUGCUCGCCGCUCAGUCGGACAUGCACAAUUUCCUCGGACAAUCGCACGGACCACUUUUCGACGCUGCGAUGAAAUACAUCGACGCGGCGGGAAUUCAACGUGAUCAAAUGUCGUAUAUCGUGUUCGCACUAGCCGCCGCCUAUCUCGUCUUUGGAUCGGCCGCCCGUCUUUUGUGUAAUCUCAUCGGUUUCGGGUAUCCGACGUAUGCGUCUGUUAAGGCAAUCCGCACAAAGGACACUGACGACGACACUGUGUGGCUGAUCUACUGGACGUGCUUUGCCGUCCUCUAUCUCUGCGAUUUCUUCUCGGAGGCGAUUCUCUCGUUUUUCCCGUUUUAUUAUAUUCUGAAGGCGUGCUUCCUCGUCUAUCUCUAUCUUCCACAAACCCAAGGAUCCGUCAUGUUUUACGAGACGGUCGUCGAUCCGUUGGUUGUGUUUGUGGAUAAGAAUAUUGAUAAGUAUUAUCAUAAGAAGAGCGUCUAG